CGCCGUCCGACCACCUAUCAUACGAUCGAUCACAUUUUCCGGCGUUGCGAUUUCCUCUCCCCGCCACCAAUAGUCCUAUUCAAGGCAACGAACGAACGACAGCGGCUCUGGACCACCCAGUCCCACCUGAAGCUCACCACCGAUGGCAUCGUGGUUCGGGGGCGCGGGCAAUGCAGAGCUCGAUGCUCAAAUCGAGAGGGCGACCUCAAGUUCCCUGGAAGAUAUCGCCUUGAACCUCGAAAUCAGCGAUAUCAUUCGCAGCAAGACAGUGCAACCAAAAGAGGCCAUGCGCAGCCUGAAACGACGAAUAGGCAACAAGAACCCGAAUGUGCAGCUCGCCACAUUGAACCUGACGGAUACUUGUGUCAAGAAUGGAGGAUCACAUUUCAUGGUCGAGAUUGCGAGCAGAGAGUUCAUCGACAACUUGACGAGCCUCCUCAAGGCAUCAGGUCCGGCUGAGCCCAACCACGACGUCAAACAGAAAAUCCUCGAACUCAUACAAAACUGGGCUUCCGCUGCACAAGGACGAGAAAGUAUGGUAUACAUCUCGGAAACCUAUCGUACACUUCAGCACGAAGGCUUUCGGUUCCCACCCAAGCAAGAGGUCGCCAGCAGCAUGUUCGACUCGUCUGCGCCGCCUGAAUGGGCCGACAGCGAUAUUUGCAUGCGCUGUCGAGAGCGCUUCACAUUCACGAAUCGAAAACAUCAUUGCCGGAAUUGUGGGAACGUGUUCUGCGGAACAUGCUCGACCAAGUCGAUACCAUUACCGCACCUGGGCAUCAUGCAGCCGGUGAGAGUGGACGAUGGCUGCCACGCAAGGCUGACGGAGAAAAAUCGAAGUAGCCAAGGACCUCAAAGUCCGUCGGCAAGCAAGCGGUCACUAUGGCAAGGAGCGAAUGCCUCGACGGAUCGGAUGCAGCCCAGAGGAGCACGGGUUACAGAGGACAGCUUCGAUGCAGAUUUGAAGAGGGCGCUGGAGAUGAGCUUGGAAGAGAACAAAGGACACUCUCGUGCUGGCUAUGUCCCCCAGUCGCAGCUUUCAACUCCUAAACCUCAGACGAACGGCAGCAGUCGAAGUGCACCCAAGAAGGCGGCAGAAGAGGAAGAAGAUGCAGAUCUCAAGGCUGCAAUUGCUGCCAGCUUGCAGGAUAUGGAGACACAGAAGAAUCGAUAUGCAAAGGAGCUUCGGGAGCAAUCAUCGUCGACACAAGCUGCACCAGCUGCGCAAUUCAGGCCGAACAACCAAUUUGAGCUGACUCCGGUGGAGGCGGAGAACAUCAAUCUAUUCUCCACAUUAGUCGAUCGACUUCAGCAUCAACCACCGGGAACGAUCUUACGCGAACCGCAGAUCCAGGAGCUCUACGAGAGUAUCGGUACGCUCCGACCAAAGUUGGCCAGGACAUACGGCGAAACGAUGAGCAAGCAUGACACAUUGCUGGACUUGCACUCGAAGCUGGCGACAGUCGUUCGCUACUACGACCGAAUGCUGGAGGACAGAAUGGCAAGCGCAUAUACCUCGAGUCGAUAUGGUGCUCAAUCGCGAUCGAACAUGUACCCUAAUAUACCCUCCGCCGCGCCAGAUGGUCCUGGAGGCGUGGAGAGCUAUUACAGCGGUAAUGCGCCACCCAUGGAUGGCUAUGCUUCUCCACAACAACAGGCGCCGUACGGCGGCUACCAACAGCCUCAAGCACCGUACCCUUCAUUCGACAAGCGAGUCUCCUCAUAUGGUGCACCACCACCUGAAGCAUCAUACUAUUCACAACAGCAGCCAGGAUACCCUCCACAGCAAGCACCAUCGCAAUAUCCUCCGCAAAAUCAACCAGAUCAUCAACCUCCACUUCAACGCCAGCAUUCCAACCAUCAAUAUUCGCAACGAUCGUCUCAAUAUGCACCAAGCCACGCCUCGCAAACAUCAAACCCACCACUCGCCUCACCCUCAGCGGACCCAGCAGCCAGCUUCUACUACGGCGAGCAACAGCAGCAGCCUCCAAAUGCCUCUCAACAAGCGCCUCCAAGUCCCGAGCUUUACCAACAAUUACCCACUCAGCAACACUACCCCCAGCAACAAGCACCUCAACACCACCAGCAGGCACCACCGCCGAAACAGGUCCAACAGCAGCAGUAUUACCCCCAGCAAGCUCAACACCAGUCCGCUGCCCAGCCCGCCCAGCAAUGGCCGCAAGCUCCGGCCGCUCAUGGCGGAUAUGGCCAGGAGAGCUUCCCUACCGCGCCGCAACAUGCGCCGCAGGUGAAGGAGGAGAGUUUGAUCGAGCUGUAGUAUGGAGUGACCAAUAGAUACUCAAAUUGAAGUGCAUUUCGCGGGUGCGAAGUGUUGGUCGUCCCUUCACAGCGAUCACAAUCGAUAAUAUUG